CUCCCCUAUCUCCUUUUCGCUACAGCCUGCUCAGCCGUCGGAGCUCAGGUGCACCCUUCGUCGUCGGUAUCCGUUUUCCCUCGCGGCCGACAGCCUCUCCACAUCUCUCAAUCCAUGAUGCCUCGGUGGAAGCGCAGUAAAGCACGCCCGGAGAAAGAUGCAGCGACCGGCGGCGGCGGUUCUGGUGCACCUUCCGACUCCCCUGCUGCCCAUUCCACCGCUGUGGCCUCCCUUCGCGCUGUUAGUGGCAGCUCUCCCGAUGCGAUGAGAACUACAGCAGUAACCCCGAACCAGGCACCAUCCGAUCCAGAGACAAUUCGAAAACUGGCCAAGCAGCACGCCGAGUUCGGACCUCUGGGCGAUCCAUCGCAUCUCUAUACGAGCGAGCACCCCGGCGGAGAGAUCCCUGAUCCGGUUAUUGAUGAGCCCCCGUACUUCUUCGUCUUGACGACAUAUAUAAGCUUUCUCGUCUUGAUCUUCCUCGGCCACUUUCAUGAUUUCGUGGACAAAUGGUUCCGCUCUCAUACCUACCGGCACUUGAAACCCCAAAAUGGGUAUGCUUCAUUGUACAGCGACUUUGAGAGCUUCUAUACACGACGCUUGAAACAAAGAAUUAACGAUUGCUUUGAGAGGCCGAUCAUUGGCGUCCCGGGCCGGCAUGUUACUUUGCUUGACCGGACUACGGAGGACAAUCUUCAUUUUAGCCUUACGGGCACGACUACCGACACGCUAAAUCUGAGCUCAUAUAAUUAUCUUGGCUUUGCUCAAUCGGAAGGUCCAUGCACCGACUUUGCCGAGGAAACGAUCCGGCGGGAUGGCAUUUGCAUUGCGUCGACUGCCGAUGCCGGAAUUACGAAGCUGCAUGCUGAGGUAGAGGAUCAGAUUGCCCGGUUUGUGGGGAAAGAAUCUGCAAUUGUGUUCUCCAUGGGUUUCGUGACGAAUGCGACUAUCUUCCCAGCUCUCAUGGAAAAGGGAUGUCUGAUCCUGUCUGACGAGCUCAACCAUGCAUCUAUCCGCUUCGGCGCCCGCCUGUCCGGCGCGGCCAUCCAGGUUUUCGCGCACAACAACAUGGCUGACCUCGAAAAGCGUCUGAGGGAAGCCAUUUCUCAAGGCCAGCCCCGCACGCAUAGGCCCUGGAAAAAGAUUCUUGUCACCGUGGAGGGUCUGUUCUCCAUGGAAGGUACCAUGUGCAAUCUUCCUAGGAUCCUAGAGCUGAAGAAGAAGUACAAGUUCAACCUAUUUGUCGACGAGGCACACUCCAUCGGAGCCGUUGGACGCCACGGACGCGGAGUUUGCGACUACUUCAAAGUCGACCCUUCGGAGGUCGAGAUCCUCAUGGGUACAUUUACCAAGUCCUUCGGAGCCAACGGUGGCUAUAUUGCUGCAGACAAAGCCAUCAUUGACAAGCUGCGCUGCACCAACGCCGGUCAAGUAUUCGGCGAGGUGCCGUCUCUUCCGGUCCUGGCUCAGAUCUACUCCUCGCUUCGACUCAUUGCUGAUGAGGAUCCUCUCCACCCUGGCGAAGGACGGGAGCGGAUGCAGCGACUUGCUUUCAACUCGCGCUACCUCCGCCUUGGUUUGAAGAGACUUGGUUUCAUUGUGUAUGGACAUGAUGACUCUCCCAUUGUUCCAUUGAUGCUGUACAACCCUGCCAAAAUGCCCGCCUUUUCGCGGGAGAUGCUACGACGCAAGAUCUCCGUCGUUGUUGUGACUUACCCAGCCACGCCCCUGGAGCUCUCUCGGGCGCGACUCUGCAUCUCAGCCUCGCACACCAAAGAAGAUCUCGAUCGCAUACUGCAGGCGUGCGACGAGAUCGGCGAUGCCUUGCGGCUCAAAUUCUCUUCAGGAAUAGCAGGUGGCCUGAGGGAACCAUUGUCUAUCGACGGCAGCUCCAAGGGCCCCAGAUUGAUAGAACCCCCUCGUUGGACUCUGGAAGAAGUCAUUGCGAGGGGCACGCGGGACGCGAAUCUGCCUCUCUACUGAGCGGAUUGUUUCCGUAUAAUGUGAAUAAAGACAGGAUCUUAACGCUGCGAUGUCUUGAAACUAUAUACGCCAAGAACAUAGCUAAUGCCCUCGUUUGGUUUUGUGUUGUUCUAUCUUGUUGCUGAACAAACAGAUGGCACGAUGAGGGAAUAUGGAAUUGCAUUGUGACUAUAUAAUUAUUAAUGUAUACAAUACUCUUUUCUUUCUAAAUAAUAUACACUUGUCAUUGGACCCGG